AUUUGACCUUUUGUUUAAGGUGUUUAUGGAGCCUUAUUAUAGACUGGUUUUCCCCGCUCUGAAUGAAAGGAUUAUCAUUUCCCUUUUUCCACUUUGUUGUGGAAAAAGUGUGCGUUUGUUGCUGACAGGACUCUCUCAUGAAUGUUAAAUCAGUGUCAGGCUUCUAGCUGGCUUGACUUGCUCGGCCCUCUCAGAAUAUCAUCAACCAUCGCUCUGUUAAAUUUGACAGUGACAGUCGUCGCUGAAAACGCAGAAAGGCAGCGCAGGCAGGCUGAUUUAAAGAUCGCAUGUGGAGAAAGACAGCUGGAGGCAGCUUGUUUCAGGCAGUGUUGGACUAAACUGGAGCUCCAUCACUGAGCUGAAGAGGGAGAAGACAGGAACAUUUGGGAGAACAGGAGCAAGAACGAGCCAUGGGUGUGCAAAAGGAAGAUGUGGAAAAGUUCCUCCAAGGGAACCCUGAAUUUGCUAAGCAGUACUUUGCCAAGAAGAUGAACCCUUCCACCAUAUCAAAGGUUUCCGGACUCCCAGAGAAACAGAUUGACUUCAGCAACUUCCAGGAGCUCAGUCAGUUUGAAGAAAGCCAAAUCAUGUAUGACCUGAUCAAAGACAUGCAGGAGAAUAUUAACAUGGAAAAGGUGGUCUUCAAGAUCCUGAAGAGGAUCAGCGCUCUCAUCCAUGCAGACCGCUGCAGCUUGUUCAUGUACCGGCAGCGCAAUGGUAUCGCAGAGCUCGCCACAAGGCUCUUCAAUGUCAACACAGAGGCAGAGUUCGAAGACUGUGUGGUGCCACCGGACUCUGAGAUCGUCUAUCCACUCGAUUUAGGCAUAGUUGGUCAUGUGGCCCAGACUAAGAAGCCUGUGAAUGUGAAAAAUGUCACAGAGAACCAGUACUUCAGCUCAUUCGUCGAUGAGCUCACAGAUUACACAACCCGAAACGUUUUGGCAGCGCCCAUCCUCAAUGGCAAAGACAUGGUGGCUGUGAUCAUGGCUGUGAACAAAACCACAGGACCACAUUUCACUGCUGAGGAUGAAGAUCUUUUUUUAAAGUAUCUGAAAAUUGCCAAUUUGAACUUGAAGAUCUUCUUCCUGAGUUACCUCCAUAACUGUGAGACACGCAAAGGACAGCUGCUGCUGUGGUCUGCCAACAAGGUAUUUGAAGAGCUGACAGACAUUGAGCGACAGUUUCACAAAGCCUUGUACACAGUCCGAGCCUACCUCAACUGUGACCGCUAUUCUGUCGGUUUACUAGACAUGACGAAGGAGAAGGAGUUCUUUGAUAUCUGGCCAGUGCUGAUGGGAGAGCAGGCACCUUAUUCCGGCCCUGUCACUCCUGAUGGCAGGGAGGUAAUUUUCUACAAAGUCAUUGAUUACAUAUUGCAUGGAAAAGAAGACAUCAAAGUAAUACCCAAUCCACCUCCAGAUCACUGGGCUUUGAUUAGCGGUCUGCCUACUUAUGUUGCCGAGACUGGUUUUAUUUGUAAUAUUAUGAAUGCAGCAGCUGAUGAGACGUUCGAUUUUCAGGCUGAGGCACUCGACAGCAGUGGUUGGACCAUAAAAAAUGUUCUCUCACUGCCAAUCGUCAACAAGAAAGAAGAGAUAGUUGGUGUGGCCACUUUUUACAACAGAAAAGAUGGAAAGCCUUUUGAUGAACAGGAUGAGCAGCUCAUGGAGGCUUUAACCCAGUUCCUUGGUUGGUCCGUUUUGAACACGGACACUUACGACAAGAUGAACAAGCUGGAGAAUCGGAAGGACAUUGCUCAAGACAUGGUGCUCUACCACGUCAAAUGUCGGGAUGACGAGAUUCAGAAUAUCCUGAACACCAGAGAGGUCUAUGGCUGUGAACCCAGAGAGUGUGAAGAGGAAGAACUCUUAGAUCUCCUGAAAGAUGAGCUACCUCCACUGAUCAAAAAGUUCGAGAUCUACGAGUUCCGCUUUUCGGAUUUUAACUGCACAGAGAUGGACCUGGUGAAGUGUGGCAUACAGAUGUACUAUGAGGUUGGGGUGGUAAAGAAGUUCCAGGUCCCUCAAGAGGUGCUGGUUCGAUUCAUGUAUUCAGUCAGUAAAGGCUACAGAAGAAUCACCUACCACAACUGGCGUCAUGGGUUCAACGUAGGACAGACCAUGUUUACACUCUUAACGACGGGAAUGCUGAAGCGGUACUACACUGACUUGGAGGUAAUGGCCAUGAUAACUGCAGGCUUCCUUCAUGAUAUUGAUCACAGAGGCACCAACAACUUGUACCAAGUCAAAUCUGGCAACCCUCUGGCUAAGCUGCAUGGCUCCUCCAUCUUGGAACGGCAUCAUCUGGAGUUUGGAAAGUUCCUCUUGGCUGAUGAGUCACUGAAUAUCUACCAGAACCUUAACAGGCGACAGGUAGAACAUGUGAUUCAUCUCACGGACAUCGCCAUCAUCGCCACUGACCUGGCUCUUUAUUUCAAGAAAAGAACAAUGUUCCAGAAGAUUGUGGACCUCUCAAAGACGUAUGAAGAGGAAAAGAAAUGGGUGGAUUUCAUGUCUCUAGAAACAACCAGAAAAGAAAUUGUCAUGGCCAUGAUGAUGACUGCAUGUGACUUGUCAGCUAUCACCAAGCCUUGGGAAGUACAGAGCAAGGUUGCCUUGUCCGUAGCUGCAGAGUUUUGGGAGCAGGGUGACCUGGAGAGGACCGUGCUGGAACAGCAACCCAUUCCCAUGAUGGACAGGAACAAGGCAGCUGAGCUUCCAAAGCUACAGUGUGGUUUCAUUGACUUUGUCUGCACGUUUGUCUACAAGGAGUUUUCUCGCUUCCACCCACAAAUUACGCCCAUGCUGGAUGGCAUCCUCAAUAACAGAAAGGAGUGGAAUGCCAAAAAAGAAGAGUAUGAGGCAAAACUCAAAGCCAUUGAGGAGGAGAAAGCUGCUAAAGAGGCAGCUGCAGCCAAUAAAGCUACUGCAAACAACCCCAGUGGUGGAGGCUCAGGAUCCAAGACCUGCUCAGUGUGCUAAAAUGUCCAAAAGCUGUGCACACGAUGGGAACGCUGGCUCGUGAUGACUGACUUCAAAAUUUACCUGAGCAUCACAGCCAGACUGUCAGUUUCACCGCCAAGGAAAAAAAAAUGCAAUAGGGUCGGGAAGAGGGAUACAAGUGAAUGGACAAGCCUUUAGUAUUUCUUCAGAAAAAGCAGUUCCAAUCAGAAACCAACUGAAUAAGAGGAGAAUCCUCACCAAGAGAGUGAUGAUCGAUCUUUAAAUCACCACCACGUCAUCACUGAGGAACAACAGAAACAGACAGAUAUGACUACUUCUACUUAAGGUUACAUUUAAGGCAAAGCUAGCCAGUCCAUUUGUAUUUAAAUAUGAAUGAAGAGUCAAGGUGAUUCUUAAAUCUCACUCCUAUUUUGAGGAUUUGCGUUCGUCCAGAUGGAAAGAUUCUUUGUGUAAGUGAGUGUGCACGUUUAAUGUGGAGGAAAAAAACAUACUGUAUAUUGUAUAUAAAUGAAACAUUCAUUUAGUGGUUCAGAGUGUAAAUUCAGAUAAAGGGUAGAUAUAAUCAUUGUCAAACUAGUGAACAUAUAUUCCAGUAUUGCAGCAUGAUAAGGUCAUGUUCAUUUCUUCCAGUCACAAACCAUUUACAUCUGAGAGUCUGUUUACUUUGAUUGCAGAGAGCCAAAAGUAGAUGUCAAGCUCAAGGCUGCUGUAGUAACAGUUGUGUAUUAUAGAAAGUUUGGUUACUUUAUGUGAAUAUUACAGUGAUAUCAUAGAAAUAUAACUUUGCUGUGAGCAAACAUGUAGUUGCUUCCUCAAGAUGCCUUCAUACUGUACAUAUGUCUGAGAGUAGCUGAGAAUAUGUUCUGAAUAUAUAAUUAUAUGUCUUAUUUAAUAAAGAGCCUGAAACCCAGUUAUUACCAUGGAAAUUAGUUGGUUCCAUGGCUAACAUUAUAAUGACCUGAAUGUUUAGGCAUUGGUGGUAAUUCUAAUUAUUUUGAAGCAUUAUAUGAUUGCAGGAGCAACCAUCUCUUUACAACUGCUGCAAAAAUUUGUUAUUAAUUAAUCCCUGAUGGGAAAUUCAUCCUCUGCAAUGAAGCCAUCAUAAAUAGGAGAGGUCAGAACAAGUAUACAACCUAAGGACCAACUCCAAUUUGGAAACCAGCGUCUUGUUCAAGGGCAACGACAGGAGUAUUUAUACAAGCUAACAAAGAUGUGUUUUAACACACAAUUUAAGUGUAGAGAACAGGCAAUGGAGUUAACCACCCCUCCAUAAUGCAUCUGCAAUAACAACUUCUGCAGGCAAUGAAGCUGUUUGACAGUGCAAAAGAACAACCUCUUGUAAUGACUUGUACAUAUCUCCUUACUCCCUGUAUAUAAAAAGAAUAUUUUUAUAGUUGAAAUAUAGAUGCUUUUUUAAAAAUAGUCAACUUAGUGCAAUUUGAAAGCACAAGCAAGUGACUUCAUCCAGUCAUUUCAUAUUCCUUUAAAUAACUGAGAUUUGUUUUUGUUUUUUUUGUUUUUUUAAAUCAUGCUUGCCUCAAUUUAAUGGCGUAAAGGUUUUCCACAUAUGGAAAGGAGUGGGUGUAUCAGAUGAACGUGUAACAUUAGGCACAAAAUGUACUUUAACAUGCUGUGGAUGUACACAUUAACAUUUUCAAAUAGACUUUAUGUACUUUAUGGGCAGUGUUUUAAAGUUUGCCUCCUCAUGUGCUUCAUGUGUACUAUAAUGACCUGAAUAAAAUAAAUGACUUUUUAA